CCGGCCGCCCGUACACAACAAACAUUUACCCACUGUCUUGUAUAAAAAGCUAACAUCAACGCAACUGUAUUUAGCAAGAUCCUUUGUUAGUCAACGGUGAAAGGUUCACAAGUAUAAAACAAAAAAAUAAAUCAGUUCUACAUCAUUUAAAGUACGAGAUGCGACCAGUGGUCAUCCUGGUGUUGCUGGCAAUCGCCGCAGCUGAGGUUGCGGAGGAGCCCUGGGUGGAGGAAGAGGAUGUAGACGACUCGUAUGAUGACUACGAGCCGUCCAGGAGCAGACGCGAUGUUCAUGAUGCAGGGCCUUUUGAGGAACAUGUUCGGGUGAAGCGGUGUUGUGAGCCGAGAACUCGCAGAGCUGCGGAGUACGUGCGGGUGCCUCGUCAGCUCCACCAGUAUGAGGUCCACGAAUUCACAGAUGAUGGGGAGAUGGAAUCCCCGCCCUAUGAGGAGAUGCUCGCCGCGAGUGCGAACCACUACCAUAAAGUGUACGCCCCGAGUCCUCGGUACUUGCGACCUGAUGUGAACAGUGCUAACAUUGCUGAAGCGGCGAACGUCGCCCCGGUAGAAGCAGUGCAGUCUCAGCCAGUUCAGUUUAUCGCUAGUCCUCCAGGCCCUGUUCCUUUGGCUUCAAACCCUAUUCCAGUAGAUAAUCCCAUCCCAGUGCCGGUGUCUUCUGAACCAUUGAUCCAGGCUCCGAAGCAAUUGGCUUCAGGUGACUUGUAUGGUGCAUCAACUGGACACCAUCACUCAAAGCAUGCCCACGGACAUUCUCAGGGAGGUGGACACGCCAAACAUGGAGGACAUUUUGCAGAGCAUGGAGGCAAGACUUCCAAAGGUUAUCACCAAGACCAUCAUUUAGAUAAGGGAGGUAAAGGCUUCAAAACAGAUGAACACCAUAAGAAACAAUACGAAGAAGCCGCCGGUAAGAAGAAAAAGCAUCACGACCAUGCGGGACAUAAGGGCAGCCAUGAAGAAGAAGCAUUCGGACACAGAGGAGCUAAGUUUGAUGAGAAAAAGGGACACAAAAAAGGACAUAAGACCAAGGGCUACCACAACAAGUACCACAAGGAUGAAUUCCACAAGGAACACAAGUUCUACGACGACUUCCACAAGAGUGGUGAACACCACAGAUUCGGCAAGUUCAAUGCCAAACACGCCAGCAACGAGAGUGGUAAGAAGAAGGCUCAUCACGUCAAUGCUGGACAUGACUUCGUUGAGAAAGGAAAGAAGGGAUACAGCAACAAGGGUCACGUUGAUGCUGACCACAAAGGAUACAAUGGAAAACAUGGCCACGAAGAACAUCACGAGAAACAUGCAGACCACGGUAGGAAAGGUGGGAAGGAAGGAGGAUCCCACUGGAGCUACAAGAAAAACUAGAUCCUAUAUCUUAGGUGUUAAGAGGCAACUUCCUCUGGGAUUCUGUUGCAGUAUAUGCCAUUUAGAGACGUUGGUUUAUAGUAUGUUUUUAUGUGAUAAGUUUAGAGGUUCGAUGUCGUUGCUACGAGUAUUUUGAGGCAAGGUUGCUGAUUAAGCUGGUUAGUGGUAUGUUUAGAAUUUAGAAGGAGUAGUGAGAAUACUACCAAAAGAAUUGUAACGAAACGAUAAUGAAGCAAAUCGAAGAUAUUCAACAAAAAAUAAACUACCCGAUGUAAUCUUUACUAAUAUCAUUGCGAUAUAUUACAUCUAAUUUAAAGAAGUUAUGGUGAUUAUUGAUUUGUUGAUUGAUUACUUUUUUGAUUUCAUGAUGUAAUUCGAUAGUUAAUUAUUUUCAUGGUUUGUUAACAAUCGCAUAAUUGUUGUCAUUAAUGAAAAUUUCAAUUGACCCGAAAAGUAUGUCAUGAGUUGCAGUCAGUACAUCCCAGCACUAAGAGUUCUUAAGACUUUAACAGUAUUUGUUUAUUUGUUGUAGAUUUAUUAGUUCACUUCCAGAAUCUUCUAUCCGGUUCAGUGAAGCGGCAAUAAUUUCUUCGUUUACAUUAUAAUUAUUGCUUUCGUUCUGCUAAAUCGAUUAUAUCCCAAUUUCUAAAAAAACGUUUAAGGACGUGACU